AUGGUUACCCGCAAGCCCAUUCCCAACGAGCCCUACCUCAACACCAACGCUGCUCCGCGAAUUGAAGACAUGAGAAAGGAGCUCUGGGGCGCAACCGACUCCCCUUCCGACGUAGACAGUGUUUGGGACGACGCUUCUCAGCAAAACGGCGCUGCUGCUCUUAGCCAACAAACGAUACCCCAAGAUAUUCCCGAACCUUUGAAGCACGGCGGGGUUGCGGCACAGGGCCCCGAGAUGGCCAAUGGAGUAUGGAACGACGCUGACGGCCACCAGUCUCAAGCCGCCGGCGAGAUAAGAGGCGAUUCCAACGAUGUCCCACUGGUAUUACGACCAGGAGCGCCCCCUUCACGAUCCGACACAAAUCCGUUCAAACGCAAGGACGUCCGCGACGACUCCAAUCCAACGUCGCCGCCCACCAACGGUACCCCGACGAUGCCUCCGGCGCAACCACUCUCGCAAAUGAGCACCGGCGAGAUCAGCAAUAAUCCAUGGCAGCCUGCCCUCGACCAACACGCUCAAAGAGCUGCCGCCGUCAGCGCCCAGCAGUCUCUACGUACUCAGAACAGUGGAGAGUCUGAGCGCGAUGCAUGGGCUGCAACCCAAGAGCCAAAAUUGCCCGCUAUCUCGACAUCUCCAGCGCUGCUAUCGCUCCCCUCAGAGCCUACCUCACCGGCGUGGGAUGACUUGCCGGAGAAUCAGAGUAAGAAACCAGCUGAUUUACCAGCAGCAUCGAUUCCCAGCGAUGCAAUUGCGGAUCAGAAUGCCUGGGACGAUGUAGGCGGACUGAACAAGGGCAAGGGAAAGGCCCCCGCCCCCGCUCCCGUUGUCCCUCCUCCCACAGUCGAAGACGGCCCCAUGGAUGAUUGGAACCUCAUCGACGUCGAGCCGCCUGCUGGCCCACCACCCGGCAGAUCGCAAGCGCCAGAUCAAAGCCGCGACAGGCCUGACCAGGUCUUUGACGACAAGGUGGCGCCAGCAUUGCCUCCGCGGAACGAUGACGAAGAGCAACCUCCGCGCCAGCCACCGCGUCCUGUGGACGGCAAGGCCGAAACAUAUCAGAUCAAGAACGUCCGUUGGCACGAUCACAGCGCCGACAAGAACCCGCGAGUUUCGCCGAUCCUCGUCCAAAAUGCCAACGGUCCUUGCCCGCUUCUUGCUUUAGUCAACGCGCUCACACUUACAACCCCACCAUCUCUAUCAGAGACGGCCUUGAUAGAGGUCCUCCGCUCCCGAGAGCAAAUCAGUCUUGGGUACUUACUAGACGCGGUCGUCGAUGAGCUCAUGAGGCGAACACAAGAAGCUUUGCCUGAUGUGUCCCAGUUGUACGACUUCUUGAAGGGUCUUCAUACAGGAAUGAACGUAAAUCCACGUUUCGUUCCCACCCCCGAAAUCAUCAAGGCCUUCAAGCGCACUUCCUUGACUCACUUACACCCGACCGAACGCGACGAUCUGAUCCCUGGAACUUUCGAAGACACCAGAGAGAUGGCGCUGUACGCUGCUUUUGCCAUUCCGCUUAUCCAUGGGUGGCUGCCCACUAAGAAUGACCCGGCCUAUCCUGCUUUUGAGCGCCAGGCGGCUUCGUUUGAAGACGUGCAAACGCUCCUUUUCCGAGACGAGGAGCUGCAGGAAAAAUUGGGAUCAUUGACGGAAGAGGAGGAGCGGAUAUACUCAGACAUCCAGUCGAUAAAGGCGUUUUUGGAGACUUCGGCAACGCAGUUGACGCCGUCUGGACUUGAGGUUAUCACAAAGGCCAUGAAGCCUGGCUCUUUUGCCAUUCUCUUUAGAAACGAUCACUUUUCAACCCUGUACCGGCACCCAGCGACACAGCAACUGCUGGUGCUUGUCACCGACGCAGGAUAUGCCACCCACGACGAGAUUGUUUGGGAAUCCCUAGCCGACGUGAAUGGAGAACGUACGGAAUACUAUUCUGGUGAUUUCAGGAUCGUGGGCGGAGAGCAGCCGCAAGGCAAUUCCCGGGGACAGCCUACUAUGAAGAACAAUGCCCAAAACCGACCGAGAAUCGAUACGAGUAGCGCCAACGAGGGAGGCUGGACUACUGUGGCCGGCCGCGGCCGCAACAAGCAUCUUGAGGCUCCAGCACAAGGUGACGAGAUGCCCCUGUCGCCGAAUCACGAGCAGGAGGAUCGAGAUCUUGCCCUCGCGCUUCAGUUGCAAGAAGAGGAGGAACAACGCCAUCGUGCAGAGCAGUCGGCUCGUCGGCGCGAGAGCCAGCUUAGCGAGCAGUACAUUGAGCAACAAGCCCGACUGCAACAAGGGCCCACGACAAGACGUGCAGCCGACAGGCAGGCUGCCCGAACUGGUACUGGCGCACGUAGUAGCAGCAAUGGCAACUCGACGGCCUCUCGCGGCAGCCGCCGGAACUCAAGCACCAACGUCAGCAGCCCAGCGGUACCGCCCACGUCGGGUCGGCAGCCAGGUCAGCCGCCUCAGAUGGUGCGACCGUUGGUUCCGCCGACGGUUCCUGCGCGUCGACAAGGCGUGAACCGGCCGGCUGACGAAGGCAUGGACGAUGCCCCACCGACAUAUGAGCAGGCGCAGGCGGCUGCCAAGUACGAGCCACCUCCUGGGCACCCUCACCAUCAUGCAAGCAGUCCCGUGAAUCGACAAGGGAACGGUGCCGGGCCGUCAUUCCCGCUGUCGCCUUCGCGGCCGGGGAUGGGCGGCGGUCGUGGGCGCGUACUGGGACCGGGCGGAGUGGUAGGAAGUUCGCAAGGAGGAAGGGAAAGGGAUUGCAUCGUAAUGUGA